AUGCCAGCCAGCGGCGCUGCGACAGUACGGCCCAUCCAGGCCUGCCAGCGCUGUCGCAAGUUCAAAGUUGGCUGUGACCGGGCGCGUCCAACCUGUCGCCGAUGCGCCAAAAGCCGCUCCGAGUGCGUGUAUGUCGCCUCGGAUGUCUCAAUUGCGCCCGGAUCUGCCGGCGAGGCACAUGCACAGCCUCGCCCGCAGCCGCCCACUGAGCUCACGCCGCCAACCACAGAAUCGUCGCACAAGGACCUAUCGUCGAGAUCAGCAUCGCCACCUGAAGAGGCAUCGGCGUCCGCAGCAUCGGAGGGACCGUACCCUUGCAGCUCUGCCAACUUCAGGAGCGCGGAGCUAAUUCCAGCAAAGACGCACAUUCGCCAACCUCCCAAGCGCGACAGGGCUAUUCUGUCCUGCAUCCGAUGCAGGAAGCACAAAGUUCGCUGUGACCGGCGAACGCCAUGCGGAAGAUGCAUGAAGAACAACAAGGAAUCGGAGUGCAUCUACUCCGAGUUUCCUGGGCCAGAGGCACCUACCGAGGUAGAGAAGCCGUAUAAAAGUCUGCAUGGCAUCGCUACUAGUUUUAUCGACCACCGCUGGGACAACAGAUUCCGGAACGUGACGCACUGGACAGCCUUGCUUCGAGAGAUCCGCUUGCAUCUUCCACAACACAUCAAGCCAGUCGAGAGGGAAGACGAAUGCGCAACUUCCAUCAAUGCCAUGUCCCUCUCCAUCAACUUUCCGCUCGGCGAUCUAAACGACCCCUCAAUCACAGUCGAAGACCUGCUGGCCCAACUACCGCGACGCUCAGUGCAAAGGCUCUUCAUUUCCUACUUUAUGGAAACCGUCGAAAAGACAUUUCACAUUGUCGACGAAGCCGCCUAUGAGCAAGAGCUGCGGGCGUUUUGGAUGCCAGGCUCCGUGGCCCAAGAAGACUGGCUUGGUGUCCAUUUCCUUAUCCUGUCUCUUGGUUGCCAGGCGUAUAAUCAUCACCGCGUUCAGAAGGGCCUGGACGUGUAUCCAUCACUGCCCGCCCGGCUCCUCAGCGGCGCCGAAAUGUGCCUCAAGCGAACGCCGUUCCUGUUUCGCCCAACCCUCAACGUCAUCAAGAUACUGAGCCUCAUGAUUAUUGCCAAGCAAAUCUACGCCAUGUCAACCCACCAGGCCGACACGUGCUGGCACCUGACGGGCAUGCUGGUGCGGCUGGCGGCAAGCAUGGGAAUGCACACGGACCUGGCCGUGAGCGACGAGCCCACGCCGUACGAGGAGAAGACGAAGCGCCGAAUGUGGACGCUGGCCGUGUACAUGGAGAUGAAGCAGUCACUGGUGUGCGGCAUGCCGCUCCUCCUCCGGUCCUCCGACAUUGCCGCGCUGCUCAAGAAGGAGGCCUUUGUCGACGGGAACCCGGGGCCCAUCGGCGGCAGCGGCCUCGGCACGACACUGCACGUGGGCCUGCUGGAGGAAACGUUUGCCAGCUCGGGCAAGCUGAUUGCCAAGGCCAUGGAGCUGACGACGUGCGUGGAGGACACCGUCACCUACGAGGAGGUGGUCGAGCUCGACGCCGCGCUGCGCGUGCAGCUGAAGCGGCCCGAGACGGGCCUCACGCGCCUGCACUUCUCCACGGGCAGCGUCGGCUCCGUCGACCUGGAGACGUGCAUGGUGGACAUUUUCUGCCGGCAGACCGUCAUGGCGCUGCACGCGCGCUUCGCGCUGCAGGACCAGUCGUCGGCGCGCUACCCCGUCUCGUACCUCUCGUCGCUCGAGUGCGCCCUCUCCGUCCUGUCGCAGCAGCGCAUGCUGUGCGAGGGGGACCCCGCCGCGCCGAGCGCCUGGCUCAGCGGCCUCUUCCGCCACGAGUUCUUCACGGCGGCCAUGACGGUCUGCUUCCACCUCGUCCGCGGCCACGACAUGAUGAGCCUGCCCGACGGCUCGAGCCAGCCGCAGGAAAUCAUGCUCGACGCGCUGCAGUCGUGCCGCGACGUGUGGAGCAGGGAGAGGAAUCACUCGGUCUGCAACGCGAAUGCUUACAACAUUGUCAACUUGUUGGUGACUUCCCUCAGAGAGUCGCACGAAAAGUAA